UAGUGUAAGAUUAACUAUUUACAUAUCUUUCGCUUUUGAUGGCACACCCAAGUGCGAGCGGGCUGCGCUCUCGCGUUCCAGCCAACGAAAGUCCUGGUACAGGUCCCCAAGAGUCGUUCGCCGAUCAAACACCACUUUUGGACGAAGAAGCUGUUUUAUCAAAACAUCAAAUGAUGGAGGAGCAGACGCUCGAGAUAGAGUUGGAACACAUCGAAGUCGAAAAGAGGGAGAAAGAACGGCUCCACUUUCGCGAUGGCAAGCGGCUGAUCGACUAUGUGAUCGCUUACGAGACGCCUUCGAACGAAGAUGAGUUAGACGAAGAGGAAAAGGAAAAACUGAGCGAAAAAGCAGAGAAAAGAGAGAGAUUUCAGCGAAAUUUAAAGCAAGCUGGGCUUGAAAUCGAGUACGAAGAAGAGGUUACUACAAAGGACGACAAAACCAAGACACACUUUUUGAAAGUUCACGCUCCAUGGGAACUUUUAAUCAAGACCGCAGAAGAGAUGAUGAUGAAAAUGCCCAUAAAGGAAAGUGAUAUUACAACGAAAGGCUGGUACGAGAAAAACGUAGGAGAAAACAUCCGCGAUAUGAUUGAUCGUACUAAUCCCUUCGAGAUCCACGAUGGCACCAUCACCAAGUCAAGGAAUUUUUUUAUGGGUUACUUCAAGAGCGAUCGCUUAGAAAUUUAUGUCGGCCAUAAGAACAAAGACACUUUCUUCAGCCGAACGGACAGGAGUCGAAUGGUAGAGAACAUCUGUAGUCAUAUUCAGUUUGGUGAAGAAAAGUAUGAUGUUGGAAUUAAAAAAAUGAUUCAUGAAGGAAACUUCACUGCAUCGUACCCUCUCCAUCCUGGUCCCGAAGAAUGUUCUGAUGGGGAACCCCCCACGAACGAUAGGCAGCGCUUGAGGCGUGACUGGGCGCGGUUCGGACGUUGGUUCAAGUUUCAGCCGUAUGACGCCAUCAAGGAUUAUUUUGGUACCGAAAUUGGCCUGUACUUCUCCUGGCUGGGAUUUUACACAGUCAUGCUUAUUCCUGCCGCUCUUUUUGGGCUCUUCGUUUUCUUGUACGGUUUCAUUAACGCACGCGACUUUCAACCCGUAAAAGAUAUUUGCAACAAAUCCAACGAACGUCAAUUCUACAUGUGUUCCCUGUGUGACGAUCAAUGCCCCUACUGGUCUCUGGUCUCAAGCUGUUAUUACUACAUCGCAGCCCAUGCAUUCGAUAACGACAGCACGGUUAUCUUCGCUAUUUUCAUGUCUGUGUGGGCGACGGUAUUCCUGGAAUUUUGGAAGCGACGUCAAGCUGUUCUUGCCUACCGCUGGCACAUGAUGCAUUUUGAAGACGUCGAGGAACAGUUCCGUCCAGAGUUUGUGGCCACUGCCCCAACUUGGCGGGAAGAUCCUGUCACCGGAAAGGUUGUACCUCAUGUCCCAAACAUGACGAAAUACCAAAGGUUUGCUGGAGUUGGAAGCGCAAUCUCGUUCAUGAUUUUCCUGGUAGUAGCGGCGGUCAUUGGAGUGAUAGCCUACAGGGCCUCGGUGUUUGCGGUUUUAGUGCGCAGCGAAGAAAGCAAUGUGCGGAGAAAUGCCAAGAUUAUUACAAGUGUUACAGCAGCCUUACUUAAUCUGGUUUUCAUCAAUUUGUUGAAAUUCUUCUACGAGAAACUGGCAAUAUGGCUCACCAAUUGGGAGAAUCCGCGAACAGCGACUGACUACAAAGACAGCUUCACCUACAAGAUGUUCCUAUUCCAGUUCGUGAACACUUAUUCCUCGAUCUUCUACAUCGCUUUCUUUAAGUUGAACCUUGUAGUUGGCACACCGGGCAACUACCGGCGACUGGGAGGUACUGGACGCUUAGAUGGGUGUGGCGCUGCAGGUUGCCUCCUCGACUUGUGUAUACAGCUGGCGAUCAUCAUGGUCGGGCAACAGAUUAUUGGAAACAUUACGGAAACUGCCAUCCCUGGCUUGAUGAAAUGGUGGAAACUGCGCCAAGCAAGGAAAGAAACCGAUGACAUCCCUCAGUGGGAAGAAGAUUACAAACUGAGCCCGUUACCAGAACACAGUUUGUUUUGGGAAUACCUGGAAGUUGUGUUACAAUUCGGAUUCGUGACGAUGUUUGUGGCUGCCUUUCCUCUUGCACCACUGUUUGCUUUGCUUAACAGUGCUAUAGAAGUGCGCGUAGACGCUGUCAACUAUGUCUGUCAAUUCCGCCGACCCAUCGCCACACGCGCUCAAGAUAUCGGAGCCUGGUACCCAAUUAUGGAAGGUUUAGCAAAUGUGUCAGUUUUGGUGAAUGCGUUUGUCAUAGCGUUUACGUCAGACUUCAUACCGAGGCUCGUGUACAUGUACUCCUACAGUGACGGAACUUUGGCGGGUUUCGUGGAAAGUCGUUUGGCGUACUUCAAUAUAUCCGACUACAAAAAGUACAAUUUGAGUGGAGAACCAGGAGAUAAAUAUGCAUAUCAAGUGCUGAAUUAUACCAGCGACUACUGUAGGUACCCAGGUUAUAACGAGCGUGCAUAUCCUUAUGCCUACACUAAACAGCACUGGCAUGUGAUUGCUGCGAAGCUGGCGUUUGUAUUUGUGUUCCAAUACGUCGUUUAUUCAAUCAGAAAGUUUUUGGCCUGGUUGGUUCCUGAUCAGCCAAAGUUGCUGGCGCUGAAAAUUAAACGGGAAGAAUUCCUGGCCAAGGAAGCCCUUCGAGAAAAAGAGACCGAAGAGGUCGAUGUAAACACUGAAGCAGUUGCUUAGUGAGCAACUGAUCGUGAGCGAUUGAAACUGGCGACUGGACUCUUCAUUUAACAAACGUGGAAAAACUAACCCAAGAGAAAUUAUCCAAGAUUUUCUAAUGCCACUCUUGAGUAUAUAAUGUAACUAGAUUAACUCGUUCUCCUGAUCAAAGUGUUCGAACGGUUUUGUAUGUAAAGUUUUUUUUUCGCAUUAGAGUGUUACUUAGAGGAUUAGUUGUUUCCAGACUAGUCUUUGUUCAUCAAAAUGUUACGUUAUCGUGCAAACUUACAUGGUUUUCGCUGUCUUUUUAACUCAGAAAAUAAUGUAAACUUCUGGUUUGAUGUGGCAAGAGAAAUUACAUCAGUUGACGGGCGGCGAGGGUGUGCAUGAUCAAAAUAAAUAUAUCCAACAAUAACUGUUAUUUUAAUUAACCUCUCUCAAAAGUGGUGACGUAAAUGAAAAAUUUUGGAAAACUCACCUUUUCUACUACAUUAAACGUAUUCCAUUUGGUGCAUACUUACAAUUGCUUGUGUCACACUGGCCCUUAGGACUUUGGAACAGUAGUGGCGGUAGAAGUAGUUGUAGUGUUUGUUGUUGUUCCUGCUGUUUUUGUCAAAGUAAAACAGCAAUUGACGGCAACAACAUCUGAGUGGCUGAAACUUUUUUUAAUGACCAAUUUGGAGGCUAGUUUAAGGAUCGAUCUGUUUAGUAGUGGUAGAGGUAGUAGUAGUAAUAGUAGUGUUUGUUGUUGUCGCUGUGUAUGCUUUUAUUAUCAAAUUAAAACUGUAAUUAACUGCAACAACACCUGACUGGCUGAAACUUUGUUUGAUGACCAAUUUGGAAACAAGUCUAAGGAUCUAACUGGUUGAUACAAAUGUUCUUGGUACAAAGCUUGGGACAAUAGUUUGACUCUUCUGUAAGUUAACCCUUUGACCCCCAAGAAUGACUCUAUCUAAUUU